AUGGGCCCGCGCCGCAAGCCCAAGUCCCCAAGGAGGCACAGUGAGAGCCUGACCCGGACGCCCAGCAUGUCCCGGCGCACCUUCCAAUGGAGAUACGGCUGGCUUACAGAGGUCUGGAAGCUACAGAAGAGCACAUACCUCUUGUUAAGGAAGGUACCCUUUGCUCGCCUGGCAAGAGAAAUAUGCAAUAAAUUCACUCCAGGUUUUGACUUCACUUGGCAAGCACAGGCCCUGUUGGCCCUUCAGGAGGCAGUAGAAGCAUUUCUGGUUCACCUUUUUGAGGAUGCCUAUCUCCUCUUCCUCAAGGAUGUGCAGCUGGCCAGAAGGAUCUGA